AUACUUCACUUUUGAUUUUGACAUCUCGGACUUGCACUGCACCUGUAUGGGAAAAUAAACCAUAUUUUUAUCGAUAUUUAUCUGAAAGUAAAAUAAAGUACAAAGUUUUAAUUACUUUCUUUGUAAGUGUGUAUGGAUAUGCGACAUUAGAAUGGCUCGUCAUGAUAAAGGUUCGAAGCCGGGCUUCGUGAUCAAGUUAUCAAAUGAAACAGCGCAAAAAUUGGCUGAAGAAGAACAGCAGGCCAAAAAUCUGCUAGAAGUAGAAGCCGCAGCUAGUAAGACUGAGAAUACAGAUUCAAGCAAACCGGAAGAAUCAAUACCAUCCGAGAACAAAAGUACAGAGGUCAGUGAAUUGUCUAAACCUGAUGAAAAAGAACUAUGUACCAAACCCUUAGAAGUGCAAGACAAAUCGGCUAAAACAGACGUAGAUAGCAAUGAUGGUAAAAAAGACGAAUCCUCAUGGGGGGAUUAUGCUCCGUACAUUACAUAUGAAGGUGAAGAAGCCAUCUAUACAGACCCAUCAAACAAUCAAAAGUACACAUGGAACAAAGAAUCAAAUUCUUGGACCUUGAAAACUGGGCAAGAAGUUGUAGGAAGGGAAUACAGUUAUGAAGAUGACACACAUAUCUACACAGAAGCUGAUGGGUCUAAAUUUUUCUGGGAUGUUGACAAAAAAGCAUGGAUUCCCAAGGUAGAUGAUGAUUUCCUAGCUAUGUAUCAGAUGUCAUACGGAUUUGUAGACAACAAAGCAGAAGAGAAGGACAAGAAUAAAGAGGAGGAUAAAAAGAAGGAACAAAAGAAAGCUGAUGCUGCAACUGGAGUGAAAAGGAAAGCUGAACCACAGUGGUUCCAGCCAUCAGAAGAGACAAACACUAAAGUUUAUGUAUCUAAUCUACCUCAAGACUUGACUGAAGAAGAAUUUGUCAAUUUUAUGCAAAAAUGUGGUCUUGUUGAACGAGACCCUGCAAAUCAGAAGAUGAAAGUUAAACUUUAUAGAGAUAAAGAGCAGGACUGUUUCAAAGGGGAUGCUUUAUGUACAUAUAUCAAAAUAGAAUCAGUUGACUUAGCAUUAAAACUUCUUGAUGGCAGUGAUUUAAAAGGUAACAAAAUAAAAGUGGAGAGAGCAUCCUUCCAAAUGAAGGGUGAUUACAAUCCUGCUCUUAAGCCUAAGAAAAAAAAGAAGAAGGAACUUGAGAAGAUAAAGAAGAUGCAGCAAAAGUUGUUUGAUUGGAGACCAGAAAAGUUUAUUGGGGAAAGAUCAAAACAUGAGAGGAUAGUUAUAGUUAAGAACUUGUUCCAUCCAACUGAUUUUGAUAAAGAUGUCCAAUUGAUUCUGGACUUUCAACAAGAUUUAAGGGAGGAAGCAGCGAAGUGCGGAGAAGUUAGGAAGGUUGUAAUUUAUGAUAGACAUCCUGAGGGAGUAGCUCAGAUUACUAUGAAGGAACCUGAAAUGGCUGAUGCCGUUGUAGCACUCAUGAAUGGAAGAUAUUUUGACAAGCGGCAGAUUACAGCAGAAAUAUGGGAUGGUAGAACAAAGUAUAGGAUUGCUGAAACUGAUUCAGAAAUUAGUAAGAGGAUAAAUAAGUGGGAUCAAUUUUUGGAAGGCAAAGAGGGUGAGGAAGCAAAGAAUGCUAAAAAGGAAGAUGCUGAUGAAACAAAACAAGGGGAAGUUGUUGGAAACCCUGAUGAAAAGAUAAGAGAAGCAAUCAGUGAAGUUAAGGAGGACAUGAAACCUGAUGAUAAAACCAAUGAGGUUGAUGCCGAUAUUGAAAUGAGUGAUAAAAUUGAGUAAAAUCUUUUAAGUGUAAAAUUAGUACUUAUAAUUGUUUUAAGUGAAAUAAUAAUAGGUUUAAACUAAA